UUCCGGCGGCUGCAAUCGAGAUGGGCGUUACUGUGUACAGUGGUUUGCGAUCGCAUACGGACCUUAUAUCAAGGGGAUGUAGCUGAAUGCUGAGGGUCAUCGCUGAUGGAUGCACCCCGAUUGUUGCUGCCAUCGACGAUAUUACUUCAAGGAAUCUAUAUCCUAACUGACUUGAUCCGUGCUCAAUCCGUGCUCAAUACUCACACACACGAUCAGACUGUCGUCGAUCUGCCAGUCUGUGCAUUGAAUCCAGUCAUAGACCUCGACCUCGUCGGCAUUUUGCAAAAUCGUGACGAAUGGCUGUGGUUCUUAGUUGCACUUCUUCUCCCCCUCUUCCAUAUACCAGCGGCUAUGUUAUUUAUGCUGGAUUUGUGAUGAAGAUUGCAGACCGCAACAAAUCAUGGGCGGCACGU